UUUGUUGAUAGCUCAAUAAAGAUGUCGCUAAGAACAGUAGCCAGUGCUUUGUGGGCGAUGGGGUCGCGUCCUGCGACCAGAAGCCCACAUCUGAACACGCUUUCCACCUCGUGUGCUGUGUCUGCAGGGGGACAACACGGUCGCGAAAACCCACAAGGUCGCUCCUGUGCAGAAGCGACGGUGCACAGCAGCGACCUUCCCCGCACCAGGGAGCCGCCUGGCGCAGCCUCUCCUGCGGCCAAGCGAUUAGCGAAGCCCGGGGGCGCUCCGUCUGCGAGGACGCGCUCUCUUUCCUCCACACCAGCUCCCCUGGACCAGAAGUCCUACUUGUGGGCCCGCUACAAUGAUAUGAAGCGGCUGGUUCACGAUCUGAUUCCGCCAGGGGCAUGUAAAUCGCUCAACUCUUCCACCAUCUACGCCAACAAUGAGGUCAGCCUGGCGGAGGUGGACAUCUACGGCUUUGACUAUGACUACACGCUGGCGGUGUACUCUAAUGCCCUCAACACCAUGAUCUAUGAGGCAGCGCGAGGGUUCCUCAUCGAACACUUCAAGUACCCUGAAGCCAUUUGCAAGUACGAUUAUAUUCCUAAUUUUGCAGUGCGAGGACUUCACUAUGAUAUUCAGAAGGGACUUCUGAUGAAGAUAGACGCCUUCCUUUAUAUUCAGCCAGGAAGUGUUUACAGAGGUCUAAGCCCGGUGCCAGAUGAUGAGGUGCUGGAGCUUUAUGGAGGAACAUACCACAUCCCUUUGGAACAGGACUCUGGCUUCUAUGGAAAGGGACCAAAGAUGAAGCAGUUCAUGGACAUUUUCUCCAUCCCGGAGAUGGCACUCUUGGCUGUGGCAAAUGACUUUUUCAUCACCAAUAAUAUUGAGUAUGACCCAGUUCACCUUUACAAGGACGUCUCUGAGGCAAUCGGCAUGGUUCACCUGAAAGGCUUCAUGUACAAGUGGAUCACACAGGAUCUCGACAAGUUCAUCCUGAGAGGAGGGGAGACGGAGGCUGUUCUGCAUCGACUUGUCAGCCAGGGAAAGAGACUUUUCCUCAUCACAAAUAGUCCUUUCAGCUUUGUGGAUAAAGGAAUGACGCACAUGGUGGGGAAAGACUGGAGAGACUUUUUUGACGUCGUCAUCGUUCAGGCCGACAAACCUCACUUCUUCACUGACUGUGUCAAGCCCUUCAGAUGCUUGGACCAAAACGGAAAUCUGCGCUGGGAGAAGAUCAGCGCUUUAUCUAAAGGGCAGGUUUACAAACAGGGAAACCUGUUUGAAUUUCUGAGACUGACGGGCUGGCGGGGAUCGAAGGUGCUGUACUUUGGAGACCAUCUAUAUAGUGAUUUGGCAGACCUAACUUUAAGACACGGCUGGCGAACUGCAGCCAUUGUACCUGAGCUGGAGCAGGAAACCAAAGUCGUGAGCACAGAACGAUACGCCCUCCAUCUCACGUGGCUGCAGGCGCUCACCGGGCUCCUGGAACAACUGCAGAUUCACCGGGACCCGGAGUCUAAAGAAGUUUUUCUGGAAUGGCAGAAAGAGCGGGAGGAACUCAGGGUGAUGACAAAGAACCUGUUCAAUCCCCAGUUCGGCAGCAUCUUCAGGACUUGUCACAACCCCACAUACUUCUCCAGACGCCUCUGCCGCUUCUCAGACGUUUACAUGGCUUCUCUCAGCUGCCUCUUGAACUAUGACCCCUCAUACACGUUUUACCCGCGGCGUACACCUCUGCAGCACGAGGCGCCACUCUGGAUGGACCAGCUCUGCACAGGCUGCAUGAAGACCCCUUUUCUGGAGGAUAUGUCUCACAUUCGAUGAGAUGAGAUCAUCUUCAAUGAACACGGCAUAACAGGGUAUCUGUGUCUUAGAUCCUAUAUAGAGGGAUUCUUUGAGGAGUGAGAGUCGUGGUGCUGUUGUCAUGACUUAUAUUUUAUGAAUCAUGUAUUUACAUGGGAUUGCAUUUUUAUACUGCUUUUCAAUUAAAUAAAUGGUCAAAUUUUCUUCUUUGAAGUUCUUCACUAUUUGUCAUCACAUGAAAUGUACCAUGUAUUGCAUGUAUUUGCAAGGCAUUCGGCAGCAAAUGAGCGCGUUACUGGCUCCUUGCAUUGCAUUCGCUGUCAAGAUGGCUUUUUAACGGCAAACUUGUGAUGUGACUGCUGGCGUGACAGAAAGCAACCAGACCUCCACUCGCCACUUCUCCUGUGUCAUAUCUGUGCCGAUAACUCUUUUCUGUCCAGUUUAGCUUGUGCUACAAAUAAAACGUAUCUACUUCAGUGAAGUCCUAUCUACAAUCUGAUGUCUUGUGCUCUCAUCACCAAUA